AUGAAGUUCGUUAUAAUUGGCAGUGGACCGACAUCGUUGGGCGCUGCUUAUAGAUUGCAUGAGCUGAUAUGCGAAAAAACAAUACCGGCCGUCACACAAGUACAUAUCGUUGAAAAAGAGCAUGAGGCAGGAGGAUUGGCACGAUCAGUUACAGAUGAAAAUGGCUUUACUUGGGAUUUAGGAGUUCAUAUAACAGGAGCAUCAAAGUAUGCGAAGUUUCUUCAAGUCAUCAACGAUAACGUACCUGAAUGGAGAAUGAUACCCAGAUGUGUGUACAUGGAGCAUGUCAUGCAAGAUAAUUUAAAUGAAAACAAUUAUAUUCCGUAUCCUGUACAAGAAUCUAUUCCAUACUUUCCCAUCGAAGUGAAAAGCAUUUGUCUGGAAGAAAUACGACAAUCAAAAUUGGAUUUUGCUGCAAAUUUUGGAGAAUUAACACAAAAUGUUUUUGGCGAAACAUUACAAAACAUUUUUAUUCGUCCAUACAAUGAGAAGGUUUGGACAAUCCCACUGGAAGAGAUGAAUUGUGUUUGGGUUGAAAAUCGUGUGCCGCAACCGAAUGUUUCAGAAAUAGAAAGACGAUGUUCUUUGACAUAUGAACAGCUUGAAGAGGAAGAACAGCAAAAACCUCCCAUUUGUUUCAAAUAUCCAGCCAGAAUGAAAGGAAUGGGAGAGCUGUGGAAGACUGUGGCUUCGCAGCUACCCAAUGAUUGGCUUCUGUUCAAUGCACCAGUUGAAGAAAUAGAUGUAACAAAUAAGAAAGUGAAAGCUUUUGGAGAGCAUACGUUCGAAUACGAUUUUUUGAUUUCAACAAUUCCUUUAACGGAAUUAUGCAAAUUGACUAACCUAUGUCCGGAUAUCGAAUUAAAACACUCGCAAGUUGCUCUGGUUGGAAUUGGUUUUCGAAAGCCACAACCAUCAUUCACGAAAAAUUUGUCUUGGUUAUACUUUCCUCAAAAAGACAUACCUUUCUACAGAUGUACUUUUAUAUCAAAUUUCAAUGACUUGAUGACUCCAAACUCUGAUGAAUUCUGGUCGGUUAUUUGCGAAGUUGGACUUCAAUCACAAUCGGCUGUUGAUGAGAAUUCGAUUGUUCAAUCGACAAUUCAAGGUUUGAAGGUGUGUGGAAUAGCAGAUGAAAACAUGGAAAUUGUGUCAAAAUGGUUUUAUUUAUUACCAUAUGGUUAUCCCAUUCCAUCAUUGAAUCGAGACAAGGAACUAGAUAAAGCUCAUAAACAAUUGGAAAAACAUCAAAUUUAUUCGAGAGGAAGAUUUGGUGGAUGGAAAUAUGAAUAUGCUAAUCAAGAUCAUAGCUUUAUGAUCGGAUAUGAAGUCAUUGAUCGAAUACUUUUUGAUAAAAGUGAGCAAUUACAUAAAUAG